AAAUGUGGAUGUUUUGUUUUCAACGAUGCGAUGCGAUAAUAUGUUUACGUCUGCUCACAAGCAACAAUAAUUGUACAGUGUUGGAGAUGUAAAAUUUGCUCAGGCUCAAAUCGAUGACGAGUCUGUAGGUGCAUGAUCAGUCCCACAACUGUUGCUUGACACACAUUUGCCGGUUGUGCGUACAUGAAUCGGCGUACCAUAUGCACUUCAUUCGAAGUCAAAUCAAGGGCCUAGUCGACGGUGAUUUCAAGGCAACUCCCUGAAAAGGCUAUGCUCAAAGCAGCGUUUGGUAAAUGGACAACUACCGAACAUCAGACUGGUGAUUGGGUGUCUGAUUGGUUAUCCCCUGCACUACUGUUCAUGGCUGCCUCGACGUCUGCGUCAGCCUCAAAUGGCGUCUAUUCGGAUCGUGGCGGUGGGAGCGGCGGAGGGGGCGGCUCUGGGGGAUCAUCUUCUUCGGCCAUUGAGGCAGAAUUUGCUUCGGCUGCAGGCAGCAGUUUCUUUUCGAGCGAUGCCCGGAAGCAUGACGAUCUUAAAAAUAUGCUCGACUCGAACAAGGAUGGCCUUAAGCUUGAAGCUAUGAAACGGAUAAUCGGAAUGAUUGCAAAGGGCCGCGAUGCGUCCGGUCUUUUUCCAUCUGUGGUAAAAAACGUGGUUUGCCAAAACAUUGAGGUGAAGAAAUUGGUAUACGUAUACCUUGUUCGUUACGCCGAAGAGCAGCAGGACCUUGCUCUUUUAUCAAUUUCGACAUUUCAACGAGCCCUGAAAGACCCAAAUCAACUAAUUCGUGCUAGUGCCCUUCGUGUAUUAAGUUCGAUUCGGGUGGCGGUGAUUGUACCGAUUAUGUUCCUAGCCAUUCGGGAUGCCGUCUCAGAUAUGUCACCUUACGUCCGUAAGACAGCUGCCCACGCGAUCCCAAAAUUGUACAGCCUCGAUCCUGAACAGAAAAAUGCUCUUGUUGAAGUAAUCGAACGUCUUCUGGCCGAUAAGACGACAUUAGUGGUUGGCUCCGCCGUGAUGGCCUUUGAGGAAGUUUGUCCUGAGCGAAUCGACCUCGUCCACCGAAACUACCGAAAACUCUGUAACCUUCUUGUGGAUGUAGAGGAAUGGGGCCAGGUGGUGAUCAUCUUAAUGUUAACCCGUUAUGCUCGCACCCAAUUCACCGAUCCCAAUUUAGCCACAGAGGUUCGAAAUGGCAGCAGCGAAGAGUCACGUGAGAUCGGUGGAGGAACCCUGUCGAGCACCGUCGAGGGUCGAGGGAUUGACCCAGAUCUCCGGCUCUUGUUACGCAAUUGCCAACCCCUCCUACAGAGUCGUAAUUCAGCAGUUGUGAUGGCUGUCUGUCAAUUAUAUUACCAUUUAGCGCCAAGUUCUGAACUUGCAAUUACCACCAAAGCGCUAAUUCGUCUUUUGCGGAGCCAUCGAGAAACGCAAACUGUAGUUUUAAGUAACAUCGCCUCUUUAUCAUCGAUGUCCACAAGCCGGAAAGGGAUGUUCGAGCCUCACUUGAAAUCAUUCUUUGUACGAACCUCUGAUCCGACUCAAAUCAAGUUACUUAAGUUAGAGGUGUUGGCCAACUUGGCGACAGAAUCAAACAUUUCAGUGCUACUUCGUGAGUUUCAGACAUAUCUCCAGUCAACCGACAUGGAGUUUGUCCAGGCCACGAUUCACUGCAUAGGGCGUGUGGCACACCAAAUUAAAGAGGUGGCAGAUACCUGCCUUGGCGGUCUAACGGCAUUAUUGUCGUCUCGAAACGAGUUGGUAGUAGCUGAAAGUGUGGUCGUUAUCAAAAAGCUGCUACAGAUUGAACCUGGCCAACAUGCCCAAAUUAUACGGCAGAUGGCCAGGCUACUGGACAAGAUACAGGUACCUAUGGCCAGAGCAUCGAUUCUCUGGUUAAUCGCAGAAUACGCCGAGCCGAAAAUCGCUCCUGAUGUUUUAAGGCGAAUAGCAAAGACCUUCUGUCAGGAGGAGGAUAUAGUCAAGUUGCAAGCGCUUAAUCUAGCCUCUCGACUCGCUUUAACAAAUAACCAACCACAGACCAAACUCAUCGUGCAAUAUAUCUUUAAUCUAGCCAAAUAUGACCAAAACUAUGACACGCGGGAUCGAGUACGGUUUCUGCGGCACCUCUGCACCAAUCCUGAAACAACAGGUUUAAACCGGUACGCCAAGAAGCUUCUUUUAUCAUCCAAGCCCGCGCCAAAGCUUCAAUCAACAUUUAGUGGACGUGACCAGUAUCAAAUGGGCUCAUUGUCUCAUCUUAUUAACCAACCAGCCGCAGGAUACCAAGAACUGCCAGACUUCCCGGACGAAGCACCUGACCCAUCUGUGCGUAAUGUUACGCCUCCGCCAACGCCGAUAGUGUUAAGUGAGGCCCGAAAAUCGAAGGACUUCUACGCCGAAUCUGAGGAGGGUUCACAAUCCGAUUCUGCCAGUGAGUCAUCUUCAUCUAACACAACUGAAAGCGACAGCGACGGCGACUCGGAAGAGCAAGGUCGCAGCGAAGAAGGAGACAAAUCCGCCACGCACGAAUCAAGUUCGGCGUCCGACGGCACCGAUGACUCCCAGAGUGACUCGUCCACUGAUGACUCAGAAAUUGUACGAAAAGCACAACAGUUUAAAAUUUCAAAAAGGAACAAUGCCAACGGCGCACCGGCUACAAAUGGCGACAGUAAGCACAGCACGACGUCAAAGCCACGUGAACUUAUUACAUCCGAGGCCAGCUUAUCGUCAUCCGAGAGCGAACAAAAUAAGACUCCCGGGUCAGAAAGCGACAACGAAGAUACUAAGGUUAACAAUAACAACAAACAGAAGCGGAAAGAUCGACACAAAUCGAAAAGAUUGACCACCACUAAAAAACCCGCUCAUUCCGUCGACCUCUUAUUGGACCUGGAUAUGGGCGAUAUGCAAUUCAACAUUCCAGCUCCAACUUUGCCCGUACAGUUAUUAACAGCAGGCGUCGUUCAGGCCCCGAAACCAAAACAAGAACCAUCCCGACUUGUGACACCAGUCUCAACUCCAAUUUGGGCUAGUCUUAAACGUGGGACCUUAGUUAACGCAAAAGAGUGGAACGGCCUAGAAGUCAUGUACCGUUACACGCGCUGUGAGAACAUCUUUUCUAGCAGGAUGACAUCGAUCGAGAUAAGCUUCGAUAACCGCGGUGACCGUGUAUUCCAAGAGGUUGCUGUUAAAGCCGCCGACGAGGUUUCUCUUGAGGUCAGGGGGUCCCAGUCACAAGUGCCACUAGGUCCUGGUGCUUCGUUUGUAACAACUAUAGGCGUGAACUUCAAGGAUAGUGCCCAAGAGGUUCGUCUUGAAUUGACAGCAGAUGACGACAAACGCGAAAUUCGGUUGACGCCAGCGAUAUGCGAGAUUGUUCGGCCGGUAAUUAUCGCUAGACCCGGUUUCGAUUAUUUUAAGCGUACACUACGUGGAAUGUGCCAGUUCGACGCAGAGAUCACCUGCUCGCUCGAAUUUGCCGAUUUACGCGAGAAGCUACAGCAAUACGCCAACGUAAUGCUUGUAGCUGAAGGUGAAACGGGCUUGGGAGGGACAUUACGCUUUGCUGCACAAACACUCAACACAUGUAGUCUCGUAUUAGUUGAAGUGACGCAACAGGGACGGUCGGAUACCGCUGCCGAUGAUGGCGAACGAGUUCGGCUUGUAGUCAACUGCGAACUCAUAACUGUUGGCCAGAUGCUUCUUACGCAGAUCAAGGAAGCACUUACCGCUGCUGGACGUUAGAGCAACAGCCUUGUAGGGCAAAAGUAGUCAGCCUGUUUGUGUGCAACUGUAAAUGUUGCCCACAAUCAUAGUGCCGACAUUGGGGUCGUGCAUGUUUAGUCGUUUUGAUUAACUAACGAAAUGAUGGGACUACUAAUGAAUGGCUGAUACAGCAUCAUGAAGGUCAAUGUACUGUCCUGUUUAAACAAAUUGUUGUUACAGGCUGAGAGCAACUGACGUGAAUGAACCUAAAAAAAAACUGUCACUGACACAAUGAAUGUAUUCGUGUUUUGAUGAGAAGCAGGAUAAUAAAACUUAUUGUCAAUA